AUGGGUGUGGAUUUGAGGCAAGUGGUUGCUGGUAUUCUCACCAUUACCAUGUUUAUCAUGCUUGGACAGAUGCUUCAUCGAGAUUACUAUGAUUCUCUUCAGGAGAAAGCACAGGGAGAUGCACACGAUAUUGAAUUCGAAGGAUCUAGAGUAUCUGUGAAAGAUAGUCUUGUAGGAGCCGUUGAAGGUAGUAAAGGACCUUGGAUGGAUGAUGACAAUGAAGCGGUAUCGUCGAAAGGGUAUGUUACAUUCUCGCUAACAAAUGGUCCCGAGUACCAUAUCUCUCAGAUCACUGAUGCUGUAAUGGUGGCUAAGCAUCUUGGAGCAACACUAGUUCUUCCUGAUAUAAGAGGAAGCAAACCUGGUGAUGAAAGGAGUUUUGAAGAUAUUUAUUAUGCUGAUAAGCUAAUUAAAAGCUUAAAAAAUGUUGUCAAAGUUGUGAAACAAUUGCCUGAAGAAGUAUCUCUAAGGAAUAUCGCCAUUGUGAAAGUCCCUACUCGAGUCACAGAAGAUUACAUUAAGGAGCACAUUAAACCCAUCUUCAAAUCGAAAGGAAACAUUCGAGUCGCAACAUACUUCCCUUCUGUGAAUUUGAGGAAGUCCUCACAAGACGGCGAAACUGAUCCGGUCGCUUGUUUGGCAAUGUUUGGUUCAUUGGAGUUACAACCUGAAGUGAAUGCAGUGGUUGAAUCAAUGAUUGAGAAGUUGAGGACUCAUAGCCGGAAAUCAGGUGGCCGUUUUAUAGCGGUAGACCUUAGAAUCGACAUUCUUGAGAGGAAAAAUUGCCAUUCAACCGGUGUAGCAGGGUCCAAGACAUGUUACAACGCGCAAGAGAUUGCUUUAUUCUUGAGGAAGCUUGGAUUUUCCGGCGACACAACUAUCUAUCUGACUCAGCCAAGAUGGGACAGUAGCCUCAAUAUCCUUAAGGAUAUCUUCCCGAAAACAUUCACAAAGGAGGCAAUAAUGCCGGCAAGUAAGAGAUCAAAGUACCUUGAAUCAGAGAAUUCCGAGUAUGAAAACGUUAUCGACUUCUACAUAAGUUCAAGAAGCGAUGUGUUUGUUCCAGCCAUAUCCGGUCUGUUUUAUGCAAACACAGUUGGGAAAAGGAUAGCUUUAGGUAAGCCUCAAGUGCUAGUUCCAGCAGAAAUCUCAGAGACAUCUGGCCUUGCUACAGAUUUCAUCUCUCCAUACAUCUCAAAGAAGAACCACUUGGCUUAUUCAUGCUUUUGCUGA